AUGAGUAAAGAAAAAGAAGAUAAACAUAAGGAAGAAGAAAAAGAAGAACAAGAACAACAACAACAACAACAAGAACAACAUGACAAACUUGAAGGACACACAUAUGAAGAAGAACUUGAUAAAGUCAAGAAAUAUGGACUUGAUAAUGGCAAGGAAUAUGAAUAUUGUAAUGAAAAAGAUGACCGAAAAAUAUUUACAACAGAUGUUAACAGGGGACAUAUUAGAAAGGAUAUUGAUAGCAAAAUAUGGAUAUGUGACAGAGGAAGUAAAAAUAUUGAGAAAGCUGAGGGUGAUGAGAACCGAACGUAUACAGAAAAAAAUAUUGAUGGCCAAGAAAUUACUAUUGAUAAAGAUUUUGAAUCUUUUAAAAAAUACUGCCCAAUCGAAUAUCCUAAAAAUCGUUCAAUAAAUGGAAUGGAUGAUUUUAUAUGUACAAAAAAUAAUUUAUGUGAAUUUAAAAAUGAUAUAUUAAAAAAUUUAAAUAUUGAUAAUAUAUAUUAUGAUUUAAAUAAAAUAGAACAUAAGAAAAAUUUAUUAAAUAAUGAAGAUUGUAAAAAUAAAAAAUGGUAUCUAAAUUUUCAACCAUUAAAUAAUAUUUCUAUUGAACAAUAUUGGAAAUAUGAAAAAGUAACCUUACAAGAUAUAUUAACAUCCAAUAUUAAUUUAUCAGAAAUUAUUGAUUUAAAAAAAAAUAAAAAAUAUCUUAAAUAUAUAUCACGUAGCAUAUUAAAAGGAAAUCCUCAUGAAUCGUUGAUAAAAAAUUCAUAUAAAUAUACAGAAAAUUAUAUAAAUACAUCAGAACUACAAUCUAGAUUAUCUCUUACAAAUAUUAACCCAUCCAUAUUAAGCUCAAAAACUUUAAAAAAUACACAAAAUUUAUUAAAAUGGAAAUUAAAAUAUGCUAACAAUACUUACAAAACAAAUGAUCACAAAUAUGAUGAAGCAGAAAAUAGCUCCUCCUUAUUAAAUACACACAAUUUUACAAGUAGAAGUAAUAAUAAUAGCACAGUAAAUAUGGAACAAGCUAAUAGUCAAAUCUCUUCAAAUAAGCGUAGUGUCCUUUUUGAAGAUCCUCCAAGAAGCAGAUCAUCAAGACGAUACGUCUAA